AUUUCUCUUGAUUUUAUCGAAUUAUAUAUAUAUAUAUUCAUCAUCAUCAUCAAGAAGAAGGAAUAGAAUUCAAAGAAGUAAUAUAUCAUGCAGAAUGAGAUACGUAACUUCAUCAAGAUUUGGGUUUCAGUUUUUAUCUCUCUAAGCUAUUGCUAUGCUUUGGGUCAUGAAAUUCCAAAGGGACCUAAAAGACUCUUUUGCGUACUCCCAAUUAUAUGCCUAUUUCUUUACCUUCCUCUCCAUCUUUCUACAAUGCAUAUUGGAGGCCCAACUUCUUUUUUCAUUGCUUGGCUUGCAAAUUUCAAGCUAUUGCUCUUCGCUUUUGACAAAGGCCCUCUAUCUUCAACUUCCUCGUUAUCUCUUCCCCAGUUUGUUGCUUUAGCUUCUCUACCCAUCAACAUCCAAAAGAACCCAUCUCAAAAAUCAACUCUAAAUUACACAAUAAAAACCUUAGUAGUUGCUCUUUUAAUACAUGUUUAUAACUAUAGUGACCAUAUUCACCCAAAGAUUAUACCUUUUCUAUAUUGUCUUCAAGUUUAUGUUUCUCUUGAACUAGUCCUAGUCAUAGUUGGAGCUCUGGCUCGAGUCUCGUUAGGGCUAGAGCUAGACCCACAGUUCAAUGAGCCAUAUGUUUCAACCUCUUUACAAGACUUUUGGGGCAGAAGAUGGAACUUAGUGGUUCCGGGUAUACUGCGACCCACUGUUUACGAACCCACCCGCAACCUCUGCACAUGUCUUGUCGGCAGGAAAUGGGCCCCGGUUCCAGCAAUCUUGUGGACAUUCCUUGUUUCAGCUCUUAUGCAUGAACUUGUGUUCUAUUACCUUGGACGUAAGAAGCCAACAUGGGAACUCACAUCUUUUUUUCUCCUCCAUGGAUUGUGUCUGGCUAUUGAGGUUGCUUUGAAGAAGGCAGUUUCCGGUAGGUAGCAGUUGUCACCGUUGAUCUCAGGGCCUUUGACAGUAGGAUUUGUGACGAUUACCGGCUUUUGGCUGUUCUUACCAUCAUUGCACCGUUGUAACGCUUUUGAGAGGUCAUCUGUAGAGUAUGCUGCUUUGGUUAGGUUCCUACAAAAUGCCAAUCGGUAUGUUAUUCCUACAUCAGGGUGAAUAGUGUCAUGCAAUAAGAUCUUAAAUAAAAAUGGUAACUAUCAGCUCCAUCAAAUGAUUUAUUAGAAUCUUUACUUGAUUAA